AGGGAGUGAGGGGGGUUAGGCAGAGGAAUGUGGGAUGCAGAACUGAGCACGGAACUCACAGCAGCCUCUCUCACUGAGCCACCGAAAAACCUGCACACUAUGAAGAAUUCAGACAGUAUCGGCUGAGGGACCGACUCCGGAAUGGACGCCUCCACGAACCAGACAGCGCAGGAGUACGGUCUCAGCCAAUACGUGAACCAUGGCGACCCCUAUAACGCCACCGCCCACAAUGGCACGCACACAUUCUCUCUCGCCUUCGACCCGGUCAUGGACAAGGCCAUCAGCGGCAUCAGCGUUGUCAUCCUCUUCAUCACCAUGGUGUCCCUGGGCUGCACCAUGGAGCUGAGCAAGAUCAAGGCCCACAUCAUGAGGCCCAAAGGGGUGGCCAUUGCGCUGGUCGCCCAGUUCGGCAUCAUGCCUCUUAGUGCCUUCGCCUUGGCCAAGAUCCUGCAGAUGGGCCCCAUAGAAGCAGUGACUGUGCUCAUCUGUGGCUGCUGUCCAGGCGGAAACCUGUCCAACAUUUUCGCUCUGGCUCUCCAGGGUGACAUGAACCUGAGCAUUGUGAUGACCACCUGCUCCACUGUAAUGGCACUGGGCAUGAUGCCACUGCUCCUCUAUCUGUACUGCCAGGGCUUCCCCAACAUAGAGAACGCUGUGCCCUAUGCUGGCAUCUCCAUCGCCCUGGUCUUGACCCUGGUGCCCUGUGCUGUUGGCAUUGCGAUCAACCACUGGGCACCACGCUAUGCCAGCAUUGUCACAAAGGUAGGCCUCAGCCUCUUAUUGAUUGCCUCUGUGGCAAUUGGAAUCAUGUCCGGCAUCACGGUCGGAGGUGCAGUCUGGGUUCUCCUUUCUCCGAAGAUGAUGGUGACUGCAUCGAUGAUGCCACUAAUGGGCUUCCUGCUGGGGUACUUCCUAUCUGCUGUCCUCAGGCUCAAUGCAAAAUGCAGGAGGACUAUUGCAAUGGAGACCGGGUGUCAGAACAUCCAGCUCUGUUCCACCAUCCUGAAAGUAGCCUUUCCCCUGGAGGUCAUUGGGCCGCUCUUCCUGUUCCCACUCCUUUACAUCAUGUUUCAGAUCAUUGAGGCUCUGUUCCUCAUUAUCCUCUUCAGGUGCUACCAAAGGCUGAAACCAGCAUCUGAGGGGAAGACAGUGUAUCUGGCAGUGGACGGUGUGGUAGAGGAGGUGAAGGUGCCGUAGACACAGUUGGUCACGUGUCGUUUUGCCGGGACAGAGAGCCCAAAGGUGCCAGGACUUGGCCUGUCCCAGGGUUCCAACGGAUGCGAAGACCAGAGGACUGCUCUGAAAAUUGUACUGGGGUGUUCGUUUUUUGGUCUGAGACAACACGUCUGGUGGGGUGAUUAUUUCAGGUGCAAGAACGGACAGAGGCAGUCCUAUUUCCACAACACUUGCUCCCUCACUUUGGGGCUAACAAGACAAUCCAUUAUCCACCAGCCAUUAACACAUCCUCCAUGCAGCUCUGAGGCUGUGGUAAGGUCAUCGCACUGAAGAGGCAUGAAAUGCCAGAGGUGGGCAUUCUGCAAAAAGUGUAUAUGAAUGUGGAUCUGAUACUACAAAUCUACCUCCAUGAGAUUUCUGCAGACGGCACUCAAGACUUAUGACACAGCAUCUUUGAAAGCAAACAUGUGCGCCAGCAAUCCUUUUU